GCAGAAAUGAUCUACAUGGGUCGAAGAAUCAUGAAAAUCGCAAAUAAGUCCAAGAGCAAACUGACAUUCCAAAUCGAUCCAGGUCAAAAUCUCUUUCUCCUUUUUUUUCUGUCAAAAUUUGUUUGACGCGGAGCUGCAGUCUAUUUGUCCUCCAAAAUGUUGCAAUACUAUCGAAUUUCAUCCAUAAUGUUGUACAGAGUCCCAGGUCUCACCUUUACCGUAAAAGUGAGAAUAUACGUCUCCAGUAACCUUUACCAAACAAAAGCCGACACUUUUUCAUCAUGUUCACCAUACGACUAUUUGAAGCUGUAUUCAAAAAAUGAGAGUAGUCAGUUUACCACAUCGUCACUUUGGCGAAAAGAAUUCGAAGUCUGUGUAGGAUUUUUCGCGGCCACAAGAACAACUCCUGGUUGAUUUCCCUAAGAGCUGCGCAACAAGAAGUAGAAGACUAGUAGUACUCCGACAAGCAGCACAUAGCUAUAACGAAAUGGCGUCCAAUGCGGUGGUGGCGGCCGCCCAGGCGCAGGCCGCGGGUGGCGACGCCCGGAAGGAGCAGGAGAUGCGGGCGCAGGGCCGCGCGGCACCGGAGAUCGACCAGGAAACGGGGAAAAUGAUCAACCCGCACAAUCCGUCGUUCAUCACCAACGCGCCUUGGUACCUGGCGCAACAAGGAUCGAGUUUGAAGCACCAGAAAAACUGGAAGACGAACGUCGCAAACAACGACUACUCGUCGCUGGACAACUGGUACCAGCGGGGAACGAGGGGCGACAUCAAGACCAAAUUUGUCAAGGGCGCGUGCAAGAACUGCGGGGCGACCACACACACGGAGAAGGACUGCACGGAACGGCCACGGGCGAAGAAGGCAGUGUUCACCGGGGAGGACCUGGCGCCGGACGAAUUUGUCAUGGAAGGGUACUACUGAGAAGUGUUUUGUUCUUAUGAAAUUUUUUAUUGUCAACUUGUUGCGCUCACUCUUUGUUCUUUGUCUUCCCUCGUACUAGAAACACCACAUAAAUUGUACUUGUGGUUUAGUCGAACAUUUGUUUCUACCUUUUUCAACAAUGUGUAGUCGAUUGUGAUGAGAAAAAGCGAUGUUUCUCACGAUGGUCAUAUGAGGCGAGAGCCCAUGAGUCCAAGACGUAAAACCCAGCUCACUCUGAUAAUUUCUAUUGCAAGUAUUACAAUUUGACAUGCAUCUGUCUUGCUGGCGCAGCGUGAGACUUUAUGUGAUGAGAAAAAGCGAUGUUUCUCACGAUGGUCAUAUGAGGCGAGAGCCCAUGAGUCCAAGACGUAAAACCCAGCUCACUCUGAUAUUAUCAAGAAGUCAUGACUUGCAACCCUCUAAUAGAAUUGAUGGCCGGAAAACUUCCCCGAAGGCGUUCGCCGGACCGAGGUGCUAUAAUUAGAUAGGCAAAGUGAAAAUUUGUCAAAAGUGAAAAUUUGUCAAAAGUGAAAAUUUGUCAAAAGUGAAAAUUUGUCAAAAGUGAAAAGGCAAAAGUGAAAAUUUGUCAAAAACUCCUUCGCUUCGCAAAAGUGAAAAUUCGUUCGCUUCGACUCCAAAGUGAAAAUUUGUCAAAAGUGAAAAAUCACUGAUUUUUCACUUCUGAGGGAUUUUCAUCAAGAGCCGGAGUUGCGGUAGCUAGUGACUUCCCAAUCGGUAGGCGGUCAAUGUUAUCUUCUGGCUGUAGAAGACGCCUCGCCGGCUUUCAAUCGGGUUUGUGCAAAAGUUGAAGAUAAAGUAGCGACUCCUGUUCAUCAUGCACUGUAGAGUUGUAGCACCCCUCCGACCCUCGUAGAUUGGAGAGCCUUGCUGGAUCAUAGACGAACGAAAAAGAGGGUGAAACUGAUUGGAUUUGCGCGAUUUUUGUCCCUCGAAGAUGUUCAGGGAAGUUUUCCGGCGAAAUAGGGGGGGCUUUGGGAAGUUUUCCGGCGAGAGCCCAUGAGUCCAAGACGUAAAACCCAGCUCACUCUGAUAUUAUCAUAUUAUAUCAAAGCGUGCGCAAGCGCUCGCAAGAGCGCUUUGCGCGCGGGCUUGCCCGCGCGCAAAGCGCUCUUUGCGAGAUGCUCAUCCAUCGCAAACGCAGCGCGAAGGCUUUGCCGUUGCCAUAUGGGAGGGACUCGGGAGUAUGCAACCACUCGCAAGAAAGUGGAUUUUGGAGAAGUUGGCUCAUUUUUUGAAAAAGUAGAAAAAAAUGCGCAGUCAGAUCGGGGAGAAGGGUAAAAAAAGGACUUUUCCGGCUCCGCCCGAUCUGAUUCCGAAGAAAGAAGCUCGAUGAUUGGACUGCGCCCGAUGCUGUGGUGCGUUUGGUAGCAGAAAUUGCGUCACGUGCAGACCUCCGCGGCCGAUCUGUAUCCAAAAAAAAGAACAAUGAAAAACGCACUUUUUUGCAGAAUAUAAUGGGCCCAAAAAAUCGACCGACUUCGUGCAUUGCCCAAAAGCCGAUAGACAUCCAAAAAACAGUUUUUUUUGGAAAAAUGCAACACCCGAUCUGAAAUGGCCGGUAAAAGACGGCUUUUAAAUUUGUCACAGGCUUAAUGCCGUCGUGAUUGAAGGAAAAAAAUCGUAUGUAGAUUCUGCGGAGGUGUGUCACACGAGCACGAUUCUCGUCCACUCGGAGGUUCAAAGCGGAACCCCUUCCCCCGACUGGAAAUGGCCGAUUUGGGCGGCCCUAAAGGGCCGCCGAAAAUGACAAAAAUUGUGGAACUUUUUGAAAUUUGCGUAUUUUUACUGGCCAGCAUGCCCUCGUGCAUAACAGUAUGCGCGGCGGAGUGCUGCUUGCCAAAAAACGCAGUCUUUUGCGCGCCCUUGCUUCCUGGUUAGAGGAUGAGAGCGCGGCCCGACGCGGGCUGCAGUGUUGGACCGCGGCCCUUGGGCCGCGGUCCUCUGAUAAGCUCACUCUGAUAGUAUCAAGAAGUCGAAAUUGAAAGAACUGAACUGCUGACCACUCUUCUUGUCCUCGUCUAGAAGGAAAAAAUUCAUUGCACGUCUAAUAUGUGCACCACAAAUUCUGAUCAAGUACGAGCAAUGGCACGUGAAAUAAAAUCCGACAAAACUACAGGGGCAACUUUGAUUACGACAUGAAGCGCGACCGGUGGAACGGCUACCAGGCGGACGACUAUACCCGAGACGUGAUCGAGAAGCACGCGUUGCGCGAGGAGGUGAAGCAGAGAAAGCGGGAACAGGAGCAGAAGCAGCAGCUCGCGCUGAAGAAGCUCCGGAAGAAGCAGAAGGAGGAACGCGCGAUCAAGAAGCAAUCCGGCGAAGCAGGAGGAAACAAGGACAGCGAUUCUGACUCCGACUACGAUUCGGACGACUCCGAAGAUGCGGGCGACAAGCUCCGCGGGUUCGAGAACAACGGGGACCUGAAGCGGAUGGAUGCGGCGCAACGGACCACGACGAGGAAUCUCCGGAUUCGCGAGGACACGGCGAAGUAUCUGAUUAACCUAGACGUGAACUCCGCGUACUACGAUCCGAAAACGCGUUCCAUGCGUAUGAACCCCCGCGCGGAUCUGCCGGAGGACGAGCAGCACGCGUACAAAGGCGACAACUUCGUGCGGUCGACCGGUGACUCGACCGAUGUGCGCGACCGGCAGAUGUUUGUGUGGGACGCGUACAAACACGGGCAAACCGAGCUCCACGAAACCGCGGCGCCGACGCAGGCGGCCCGGAUGUUUGACGAGUUCAAGAGGCGGAAGGACGAGCAGAAGGCGGCGAAGAAGAACGAGUUGCUGGACAAGUACGGUGGCGCGGAACACUUAAACGUGAACCCGGCGUUGAUCUUCGCGCAAACGUCGGAUUACCAGGAGUACAGCCGGUCGGGGCGGGUGUUGCACGAGCGACGGCGGACGCUGGCCAAGUCGCAGUACGAGGAGGACGUACUGGAGAAGAACCACACGACCGUGUGGGGCAGCUGGUUCGACGUGGCCACGCAGAAGUGGGGAUUCAAAUGCUGCAAGUCCACCGUGCGCGAGUCGGAGUGCGUGCCCCAGCUGGGAAUUUGCGCAGAGAAUAAAGAGAAAAUUGAAAAAUUCAUUGCCAUCGAGGGGCCCGCGGCGGCACCGGUGGGCAGCCCGAAAGCGACCGUUGCUCCAGCACCCGCACUUCAACCGGAGGGGCCAUCAGCAAAUAUGUCGUCCGGGGGUGGUUCUUCUUCCACCAACGGCGACACUGCAGCUCAUGUCAAUACUAGUACGAAAGCCCCUUUUUCCCCGAAAAUAGCCUCCCCGAAAAUAACCUCCCCGAAAACUACGGUAGCACCCCCGCCCGCCCAGGAGAACGUCACGACAUUGCUUCCUCCGCUACCCGAGGAAGAAGAAAACGUGGCCAAGUUCCGGAACGAUUCCCGGGAAAAAUCCGGGGCAGCCGUUGCGAAAGCAGCUGCAGCACCACCGGCAUCUGCAGCGGCAACGGGCAGUCGCGAUGAUGACAAGAAUAUUAAAGCCGACGCCGAUGACGAGAAUAAUGAUAUCCUGUGUGAGCAGCCCGCACCAGUCAGUCUCGCUGACGUCGCCCCGGAGCAGUCCGAUGUGAUAGCGACGUCUGCUGGUGCGAACACAAGCGGUGGAUUUUUUGGGUCCGCGAAACCUAAAGCAGCUGUAGCGCCGAAGGCGAAAGACGAAAACGCGACUACGAAAAAGAACAAAAGAAAGAGAAAAAAGUCCGUUUCUUCUAGCAGUUCGUCUGGUUCGUCGUCAAGCUCUUCCGGCUCCGACUCCGACAGUUCCUCUAGCAGCAGUUCUUCCUCCUCUGAUUCGGAAUCGGAGAAGAAAAAGAAGAAGAAGAAGCCUACAAAGCAAGCGACCGAAAAGAAACAAAAGGAGAAAAAAGCGAAGGAGAAAAAGAACAGUAAGCCGCUCGCGAAGAAGCAAAAAAAGGACAGCAAAAAGCCCAUUGACCCGAUGGAGGACGACAGCGGCAUCGCACGCCCCGGGGAGGUCAACAAGGGCGCCCUGAAGUUGAGAGCGAAGACCGGAAUCCAGAGCGGCAUGGGGGUCAACGAGGAUGAGAUGGAGAUGUAUCGGAAGGACAACGUGCGGGCCGAUGACCCCAUGGCGCAGUUUCGCGGAUAAAAACUUGGUCAACAGCAGAUGAAUUUGUUCCAAGGUCGACUUGGUGGCACGAAAUUCAUCAGAUGACUCCUGUAGUUGGAAACUAUACCAAUCGGAAUGAACUUUUGUACUGACAAGAAAUGAGUUCGUUUUUCAUGUCGUAACCAAAAUUUCGAUGUUGAAACAGG